UAUGAGAAAAAAGAUGUUGUCAAGAUGCUGAUUCCUGGAGGGCCCAGGUUCAGUGAGCUGUCUAAGAUCGCGUACAUCAGCUUCCAAGACUGUGAGUGCUACGGACACUCCAACCGCUGCAGCUACAUCGACUUCAUCAACGUGGUGACGUGCGUAAGCUGCAAACACAACACCAGAGGACAGAACUGUCAGUCCUGUCGCCUUGGUUACUUCAGGAACAUGUCGCUUGAGCUCGACGACGAGAACGUCUGCAUCGAGUGUAACUGUAACCAGCUGGGGUCUCUCCAUGCCCGCUGUAACGAGUCAGGCUUCUGCGAGUGCAAAGACGGCACCGCAGGGCAGAAGUGUGACAGCUGCACGGACGGAUACAGCUGGAUGGUGGGCUGUGUGGCCAACGUGUGCGACGACGACCUGUUGCCGUGCCAGAACGGGGGCACGUGCGUAGACAAGCGAAGCUGCGUGUGCUCCGAGGGCUUCAAGGGGGUCCAGUGUGAGAGGCUGAGCUGCGAGGGCAUGAGGGGCUGCAGGAGGGCCAACACAGCGUCCUCUUCCUCUUCAUCCCUCCCCCUCCUCAUCCUCGCCAGCCUGCUGGGCUCCGCCACGCUCAGAGCGGCCGUCUAGAGUCCACGCACUGGCCAAACUCUCAGAGGUGGAGCUCACCUGGUCGUGACUUUGAAGCCAGCGAUGACCUCUACAUGACCCCUGUAGGCGACCUGGAACUGACAGGGCUGUUGCAUUCUGGGGGAUUGAGUUGCAAGGGCGUUGGAGAUCCUCUCUGUGUGUGUUGGGAAGGUCGGCUUGACAACUUGGCUUCUCUCUCUGUCUCGGAUUGGCUGGUCUGUCAGAACUUGACGAAUCAUAGCCUAUGUCACAUCCCUGAGGAGACUGGCGAUGGACUUCGAUUAUGUGUGAAAAGUAGUUUUCUUGCUGUCAAUCAAAAGUUUGUUUCUCUAAUCAAAGCUAAUUUAGUGGAAAUUUGACAGCGACUACAGCAAAGUUCUUCUUCUGUUCUUCUAAAAGGAAGUUGUUUUCUGAUUCCCCGCGGAGACCAAGGAGUGUGUUUCUUUUGUCUGUUGGGGAAAUUAAAUACUUUCUCAAUUUACACAGGGUGAACAAUUUAAUUAAAGCCAAACUAAAAUGUAAUGUCAACAUUGUAAUGUAGGCCUAUAUAGACAUUGGUUGAAUAUUUUUGGUAGAAAUUGUUAUUUUGUUCUAAGUAAACAUUAUCAGUCUGAUGGAUGUGAAGCAUAAUCAGUGUUUUGCUAUUUCAAACCCUCCACUGGAUUGGUUAUAAAAGAGCUGCUGUUGCCUUUCUUGGCUAAGGA